AUGGACGUGGAAACCGAUACGACACUGAAACCGACCGACCAGAAUGAUCAAGAUGCUCAUGACCUCGCUGCCUUUGGCCAUGACCAAAGCCUGGCGCGCAAGUUCAACAUCUGGAGCAUGUUAGCCAUGGCCUUCUGCGUGCUAGGAACAUGGUCCACCUUUGCACAAGAUCUAUCGGAUGGUCUCAUCGACGGCGGCCCCAUUUCUAUCCUCUGGGGUCUUUGCUUGGUGUUAUUCUGCAACACAUGCGUGGCCAUCUCCCUGGGGGAGAUUUGCAGUAGCAUGCCCACGGCUCUAGGUCAGGCGUAUUGGAUUUACAGACUCUGGAACUCCCGUUGGGGGCGAUUCACAUCAUACAUGUGUGCCUGGAUCAACGUCUUUGGCUGGUGGACGCUCGCGGCGUCGCAGGUUGCCUUCAUGACCAACUUUACGCUGGGCAUGAAAGUCAUGUUCGCUCCAGACUGGCAGGGGGCUUCAACUGGAUGGCUUGAAUUUGUCGUCUACAUCGGAUGUGUCUUUCUCCUGACACUGGUCAACGUUGUCGGAUGCCGCAGAGAGUCAUUCCUGCCCUGGUUGAACAACUUCGUGGGUGUCUGGUUCUUCGGCCUGUUCUUCGUCUUUUCUUUGGCUCUCCUUAUUUCCGUUGGAACCAAAUCGGGUCUCUCAUUCCAGCCUCCUUCCUUUGCCUUUGGCAAGUGGAUUAACCAGACUGGAUGGCCGGACGGUGUCGUCUGGUUUAUCGGUCUGGUGCAGGCUGCCUAUGGAUUGACCGCAUUUGACGCAGUCAUCCACAUGGUUGAAGAGAUUCCUGCCCCGCGGAAGAAUGCUCCCAAGGUCAUCUACCUUGCGGUCAUCUCUGGGGCAGUCAGUGGUUUUAUCUUGAUGCUGGUGUGUCUUUUCUGCAUUCAGCAGGUAAAUAGCGUUAUCAACUCGCCCAGUGGCCUGCCUUUCAUGACGCUCUGUCAAGAGACCGUGGGUCAGACUGGUGCUGCCGUUCUCAUGGCUAUGUUCAUCGCAAAUGGACUCGGUCAGAGCGUCAGUAUCCUCACCACUGCAUCCCGACUCACCUGGGGGUUCGCCCGCGACGGUGGUCUGCCAUUCAGCCGAUACCUGUCCCAAGUCAACCCAUACUGGAAGGCACCCGUGCGUGCCCUUUGGUUCCAGGGGAUCAUCAUCGCGCUGGUCGGAAUUCUAUUCCUUUUUGCCGAAACGGUCCUGAACGCCAUUCUGAGUGUCAGCACCAUCGCCCUGACCAUCUCGUACGGCCUGCCAAUCAUCACAGUGCUUAUGGUCGGCCGCGACAAGCUUCCCGCGGGAGGAGAGUUCAACCUUGGAAAGAUCGGUGCUCCUGCAAACUGGGUCUCCGUGGUCUACUGCGUUAUCACUACGAUAUUUUUCUUCUUCCCGAGCAGUCCCAAUCCGUCGGGUAGUAACAUGAACUACGCCAUUGCUGUAUUUGGAGUGAUGCUUGUGAUUGCUUUGGGAUUCUGGGCUAUUCAGGGCAGGAGGACUUAUUUGAAUACCGAGGAGGCUGCGAUGGCCCAGGUGAUUCUGGCUCAGGAAGAAGUGGCAAACGAUCCCACCGUUCCUCCUGAGCCGAAGAAGGAGGAUAAUUGA